CGUACGUACCAUUAUCUAUGAGGAUGGGAACACAAUAGGGUUUGUAAAGGGACAGAGGCGGAGCAGGGAACCAAACGGCGGCUGAAGAAAUUCGAGCAAGGAAGGAAUUUGUGGAAGGGAAAAUUACCUAGCUACGGGAAUUCAAAGAAGUGGACAGGUGGAUGAUUGCAUUGCAGCGUUGGUGAUGUGCAGAAGUCGGCCGUAUGCGGUUGGUAUUGGAAAGGGAAGAAUAGGCAAGACAAACCAUCGCAGCGAACGGUAAAGAGGAGAUUUUGGUCGCAAUCUAAGAAACAAACCGCGGUGGAAAAGAGAGAAGAUUGGAGUUCUGUUGUGGGUCGACAAAGAGAGAGGAGAUCUGAAAAUUGGGGAGGAAGGCAGUUGGCAGACACGGACGACGUGAAAAUCUGGGAAACGAAACGCUGCAAAUUUGGCGAGAUCAAGAACCUGUUGGUGGUGAAGAGUUGGGAUCAACGAUACGAAGGGACGCUAACGGAGGUUGAAAAGGGAGGCGGCAGUUGUUUCCCGCUGAACAGACGAACUGGGCUUAAUUUGAGAGGCUGACGUGACGUGGGUCAUCCUUCGUUGAGGAAGGCGUGGACGGGGUGUAGAUCUGAAAGCGCUUUAAUAUUUUUAAAGAAAGAUAAACAAGAAGUUCAAAGACACGGAAGGAAAUAAAUUUUCUAUUUCAAAAAAUAAACUCAAAUCUUUCAUUUUAUGCAAAAAUAAGCACACCUUUUAUGGCGCUACAAAUUUAUAGCCAUUCCCUAUGUUUGGCCCGGUUUUUAAAAUUGUUUUUCGGCUUCAAAAGCUGAAGCAGGGCCAAAUAGUUGUAAAAACUCGGCUUUUGAAAAGCCGAAAAGCACUUUUGUAUAACAUAAAAGCAGAAGCUCCGAUUUGAAACUUCUGCGAAAAUCUGUUUUGAAAAUACAAGAUUAUCCUUACCAUAUUUUAAUUUUAUUUUAGAAAAUAUAAUUUUCCUUUAUUUAUAUUAUUUUUAAAAUAAAAUAACUUAUAAAAUCAUAUUAUUUAAUAUAAAAGAAAUCUAACAAGAUCCAUUUUGACUGCUUUUUAUUGUUUAGAAUUUUUAUUCAUAUUUUAUAUUAAGUCCUUUAUAGUCAUUUUACACAAUAUUUCAUAUUAAAAAAAAUACUUCUAAUCAUUUUACAGCCAAAUACUCAACUGCAUUUUUUGAAAAGUACUUAUCUAAAAGUUUCAGCCAGAAGCUACUUCUGCAAAAACUACAGCAGGGCCAAACUAAGCUGUUAUCGAAAAAUUGUUUAUCAUAUAUCCAAAUACGAGUGGGAUUGGUAGAGAUACAAUUGGUUUGAAAACAAUUUAGCAGAAUGGAAGUAGUAUCUAUGGCACUAUCAAACAUCUACUCGUAUGGUAGGGGGAGCGGAUAGAAUAACAACACCUUUAGUGUUGUUGUUAUUAUAACAACAGAAUUCAUUAAGGGUAAAUAAGUAAAUUGACAAAAAAAUAUCAAAUUAAAAUUAAAUAAAUAAUCUCCAAACCCUAAUCCACUCCUUCUAUCUCGUAUGCAAUUUCUGCCGUUCCUCGCCAGCCUCAUCUCAGAUUGUUCCUUCUUUCUUCCACCGCCGGCGUCGCAAGUCCUCCUCUAUUUCCUUCUAUGUUCCGGCGCCGAUCAAUCCCUAGAUACGAGCGCCGGGAGAGAUCCUGUUUGACGUCAGCGGCAGCCGUCGUCUUCCAUGGCUGCAAUAGCGACCUCGGUAAGUCCUAGCUUCUGCUACCGCAAGUCGUCGAGAAUCGACAGCUGUUUUCUCUCCACCGACACUCUUUUCUCUCCUCCGUGGACCUCGAACGCCUCCACGCCGCCGUCGCGAAGCUGGACCACCCGCUCGAAGCUAACAUGUUCGGAACCGAGAUCCUCUGCUACUGCAACGGACUGCUCGCGCUCCGCAAUUCGGACGAGGAAAUGGCAUUCUGGAAGGGAACGGAUGCUCCCCAAGGCGGAGGUCGAGCUUCCUCCGGGGGAUUCCAACUGUGAGUUCGUCGUCCGAAUCGCACAUCCGGAGAACUACACGGAGCAAGAGCCCAGCCCUGCAAUCGAGAGGAAUCGUCAAGUUUCAGUUCCCUUGUUAUCAAGAGCAUAUGUUGAUCGAUCGAGAGGGACUUGUGAUCAGCAAAAAAAAAAAACCCAUAAUUGUUGAAUUUACAGAUUCAAACAGGACAAUUGACACAUCAUCAGGGCUCGAAAUUGCUCUGCAGUCGUUUUCAUAGAGAGGGUAAUUAGGUUAGGUGCCCACCAGUUUGGAGGGUUUUGCCCCCGUUUUGGGUUAUAGCAGAAUUAACAAUGGCGGUGUAUGUUUACAGUGCAAGCUAAGCACACAAGGCUCUUCGAUCAGUCGACAAGACAAGAUAGAUAGGAUAGAACGUGGAGUGUGUACAUUAAUAUUCCAUUUUGGUGUAACAUUGUUCAUAGGAAUGGAUGGGUGAAUGGAGCUGUUGAGACUUGCUUUGGUUAGUUUCAUCGUUAUUCAUAUCUCACAAACUAAACCACAGAAUUUUCAAAAGCACACUAGAAAUCUCAUAAUGCAAAUCACAAACACGAUAAAGCAAACCACAAAAACAAACCAGAAACGUCCUAAUGCAGACAAAAAAUCUAUUAAAACAAAUCAGAAACCUCACAAGGCAAAGCACAUAAUUUUCCAAAACACACCAGAAACCUCAUAAUGCAGACCACAAACACGAUAAAGCAAACCACAAAAACAAACCAGAAACGUCCUAAUGCAGACCAAAAAUCUAUUAAAACAAACCAGAAACCUCAUAAAGCAAACCACAAAAUUUUCAAAAGCACGCCAGAAACCUCUUAAUGCAAACCAGAAACACGAUAAAGUAAACCACAAAAACAAACCAGAAACGUCCUAAUGCAGACCAAAAAACUAUUAAAACACACCAGAAACCUCACAAAGCAAACCACAGAAUUUUCGAAAGCACACCAGAAACCUCAUAAUGCAAACCAGAAACACGAUAAAGCAAACCACAAAAACAAACCAGAAACGUCGUAAUGCAGACCAAAAAUCUAUUAAAACAAACCAGAAACCCCGCAAAGCAAACCAAAUUUUUUUCGAAAGCAUGCCAGAAACUUCUUAAUGCAAACCAGAAACACAAUAAAGCAAACCAGAAACUUCUCAAUGCAAACCACAAACGCGAUAAAGCAAACCACAAAAGGCAUACAAAAAUGUGAGAAACCAAACCAUAAAUCUCACAAUGAAGACCAUAACAUCCGGUGGUCGUUGACCGAACUCCGGUGACCGUCAAUGAGCAGAUUCCGGCCCCGAUAACUAGAUUCCGACGCCGGUAAGCAUAUUCCGGCGACAGAUAGCAUAUUCCGGCGACAAAAAGCAUAUUCCGGUGACCGGCGACCACUUUCCGGCGACCUGUGGCAGAAUUCCGGCGACCAAAUUUUUGGGCAGAAAAUAAAAAAAUAUUUUUUUAUUAUUUAAAUAUAUUUUUCAUAAUGACAAUUAUACCCCUGCUUUGAUUUUACACUAGGUCAACUCAUCUAAUAAAAAGUCAUCACAAUCCUAGCUUUCUAUUGGUUGGAGACUAGUAUUGUUACAAUAACAACACAAGGGGUGUUGUCAUAGUAACCGGUCCCAUGGUAGGUAGCAAGGUCACGAUAAGAUAUAAACCAAAACCAUAUAUCAGAAUUGCCGUUCUUGCUACUAUUUAUUUCUCUCCUUAUUGCACACAAACUGACAAUAAAAUACAGUUUUGAGA